AUGACGGCUCGUGAAAGCCUGGGAUACGGCCUGAUGGGCUUCGGACCGGCGCUGUCGAUGUUCGCGCUGACAAUCGCGCGACACCCGAGCCGAGUCGUGGUGCUGCUCCUGUCCUCUUUCAGCUGGAUACUGCCGCUGCUGCUGUCCUCGCUCGCCUGGUUCGUGCUCUCGCCGCUCGGCUCAUCCCUGGACGUGGUCGUGGCCAUCGCCGUGCUCUUCCAGGAGGGCGCCCGACUCGCCACCCUACAGGCGCUGCGCAAGGCGGACUGCUCGCUCAAGUUGGCUGCGCUCGCCGGAGAUGCGCAACUCGCUCGGAGCAGGGCUGCGCUGGCGUACGCUUCGGGCCUCGGCUUCGGCGUCGCCAGUGGCGCCUGCUCACUGCUCAACCCGCUGGCGGACAUUGCCGAUGCGGGAGUUCCUCCCGGUGUCGUGGGUACCGCCAAGAGCAUUCCUGAAUCGUUCAUCCUGGCGUCGGCAUUGACCACGGCCAUUCUGACGGCGCUGCACACCCUGUGGAGCGUGGUCGCCUUCCAAGCCCUGUGCCUUCAGAGUACGCUGCUGAUCGCCUUCGCGCUAGUAGCACACAUGUUCGCUUCAGGCGCCACGCUGAUGAACACGAGCGGACACUUCGGCGUACUGCUGGCCGCCAUCGUGGGCCUCCUCUUUUUGACGGCCGCCGUGGCGUUCGUCGUAACCAGCGGCCAGGCCGGUCGCGCCUGGUCCUGA